AUGAGAAGAAACCGGAACAGCACCAGAAGGGCACAUGAUGAUGCAUUCAUGCGUAAGAAGCCUGAGUAUUAUGAAAGUGACGAAAAGAGAGAUGCUAGGAAUGAGCCACACUUUCAGAAAAUAGAAAAAUUGAAAAGGAUAGAAGCCAGAGUCAUUAGCCAAGGUCCAGAGGGCAAAGAUGAGAGUAUAAGUAACGAUCCCCUUACAAAAAAUUUGCAAAGGCUUGAUAAGUUAGAGAAAAGCAAACCCUCUCAUCAUAGACAAAGUAACCAAAACCGAAGAGCAAGGAGGUUUGAGUGCUUUCAAUGUCACAAGUUGGGGCACUUUGCGCGUGAGUGUCCGGAUAGAAUAGAAUCAGAAGGGGGAAGCAGACGACAAAAUGAAAGAAAUCAAGGGCAGCAGAAGAGUCCUUUAAACUCCAACGGACCAACUCUUGCGGCCAAAGGGAGGUCCCAGUAG